CAAGAACACCAGGACGUCAGAUACACUUAAUAAGCAGCAGCAAACACUGAGGAUGCACAUAGACAUUCCCAGAGCACAGCUUCUGAUUGAGGAGAGGGACACAAUGGAGACCAUUGAUGACAGAUCUACAGUUCUGCUCACUGAUGCUGACUUUGGGGAGACAUCUAAGCAGAAGUCACUGACUGUCACCCACACCGUACAUUACCAGUCCGUGUCACAAGCUACAGGACCACUGGUAGAUGUUUCCGAUGCCCGGCCAGGAACAAAUCCUACCACAAGGAGGAGUGCCAAAACCGGACCCACAGCUCGCAACCGCUAUGCUAGUCAGUGGACCCUCAACAGACCCCACCCCACCAUAUCAGCUCAUACCCUCACUACAGACUGGAGGCUGCCCACCCCCAGGCCAGCGGGAUCGGUGGACAAGGAAAGCGACAGCUACAGCGUCAGCCCCUCACAGGACACAGAUCGAGCAAGAAGCAGCAUGGUCUCCACAGAAAGUGCCUCCUCAACAUACGAAGAGCUAGCAAGAGCAUAUGAGCAUGCAAAAAUGGAAGAGCAGCUCAGACACGCCAAGUUCACCAUCACGGAAUGCUUCAUAUCAGACACGUCAUCAGAGCAGCUCACGGCAGGGACUAAUGACUACACAGACAGUCUGACCUCAAGCACGCCGUCAGAGUCGGGGAUUUGCCGGUUUACUGCGUCCCCCCCCAAACCUCAGGAUGGAGGGCGAGUGAUGAACAUGGCAGUUCCAAAGGCCCAUCGGCCAGGUGAUCUCAUGCAUUUGCCACCCUACCUUAGGAUGGACUUUUUAUUGAACCGUGGCGUGCAGGGCACGAGCAGAGACCUGGGUUUGGGGCAAGCCUGCUUGGAGCCGCAGAAAAGCCGAACCUUGAAGCGUCCCACCGUCCUGGAGCCGAUACCCAUGGAGACAUCCUCCACGAGAGAAGUACAGUCAUGGCAACCUGGUGCUGUGGCAACGUUACCUCAGCGAGAAGGAGCUGAGCUGGGACAGGCAGCUAAAAUGAGCAGCUCCCAAGAAUCCCUGCUGGACUCCCGGGGCCACUUGAAAGGAAACAAUCCCUACGCAAAAUCUUACACCCUGGUAUAACAAAAAGAGCGUGGCUGGACAGUGGCUGUAAAUAUUUACAUUGAAAAAAAAUCCAAUGAAAGCUACCUUUUUUUUAUUGAAUUCCAAUAUUUAUAAUUAAAAAAGAAGAUUGCCAAAAUAUUUGACAAAAAAAUAAUAAUAAUAUGAACGACAGACAGUGCAAAGACUCUCUUGCUUAUUUUCUGUCUGAGUGUGAGCUUCAUCUGACUGGACAUCUGAAUUUUUGAGUAAAAGAGUCCAGUUUUCUGAUCUUCACAAGCGUUUGUGUUUUUACUGAUUUUCUACAAAGUGCAUGGAGACUUAACUAAAACAUUUUAACUGGAAGUUCCAUCAGACAAGAUUUAAAGGGGAAAAAAAAUCACAAAAAAAAUCAUCACCCUAUUUGUGAAUUCAACAGGACAUUGAUUUGGGAAAACAAAGAGUCUUUUGUCAUGUUUGCACUUUUUUUUUUUUAAUUAGAAAAUGGGUCCUUGAUUGUUCUUUCUUUUUGUUGUUAAUUAGGAUGAGUGAUGUCAGUGGA